AUGGACUGGUUCUGGAGGUCAAAACCCUCCAAAAGCCAUGAAGCCUCAGAGAUUGACUCUUCGAGCUCUUCCAAGGCCUCCACCUCAAUGGCUGCACCAGCCCUUGCAUCGGCCACUGAACCAGCCAAGCCGACCCUUUCUCGAGAAGAACGAGCCAAUCAAGAAUUCCUCGAACUCAUGAAAGAAUUUCAGGCAGAGACAGAGGUCAUUCCAGAGAAAAAUACAGGGGAAACAAAGUCAACAAGAGCGGUACAUAAUGCAUCCGUCGAGGUUGAUAUCUCACCUGACUCCCUUUACCCAACUGAAAUAUCCUGCCGUUCGUCCUUCGAUUAUGCCAUGUUUUGCCAGAGUUUUGGGGGGCAGUUUGUCAACAUUUACCGAUAUGGAUCAUUUCGUUCAUGUUCAAAUCACUGGGACGACUUUUGGCUUUGUAUGAGAACACGAAAUUGGGAUGCGAAGGAUCGAGCGGCAGCAAUCCAAGAUCAUUACCGCAAAAGAGCCAUGAAAUGGAAGACUGGCCCAAGCAGUGAGGAUGUCUGGGAUGUCAGGACCGAGCCAGCCAAAGAUUCAUUUCAAGGCAAUCUUGACGAGCUUGAAGCAGCAAUUGCAGCAUGGAGAAAGGCAAAUCCCAAUGCUGUAGACCCUUGGGAACAGCAUCAGCAGCCGGCUUUCAAUACUCAAACCAGUGCAUAG